AUGGGAUCGUCCCGAUCAGACAAGGCCCCGGUAUGCGAGGACGUGACGGACAAUGUGAUUAAGGAUCACCGCCUUAAGAAGCGGGAACUCGACCGCAAGGCGCAGCGCAUGUCGCGUGAACGGACCAAGAACCGCAUCAAGCAGCUCGAGGACAUGGUGGCCCAUCUCAAGAAGGAUGAUACCGACUCCCGGGUUCUCUCUCUGAUGGAUCAUCUCUCGCAGGCGACGAGCGAGAGGGACAAGAUGCUGAAUGUCCUGGAGUCGCUGGCCUUUACCGUUAAUGGCCACAUCCAGGAUGCCAAGAGAGGAGCGGAUCGAUCUCCAACAGUCGAGACUAUUCCAGCAUUGCCACUGGAGAGUCAGCAUGUCGCAGACUCAGCGCUGUAUUUGGGUGCUCAUGCAGCAUCGAUUUCAACCGCCGAUGCAUCCGACGACUUGAUUGAUCCUCAACUGUGGCUGGAUCAGGACCUCGGAGUGUCAAAUCCUUGCGGGGGACUUUCGAAUGGUGACCUUUUUGGCGACUUCCUGACAAGCUCAGCCCCUUUCCAAGAUAUCACUCUCUUGCCGACAUUGUUGGACCCUCUCCCAUACCAUAUUUCCCCUCUAGAAGACAUCAUCAUACCAAAAGCUCCCCCGAAAUGCCCCUGCGCCAUGCCGGCAUCUGGAGACUCGCCCCCCGACAUCAACCUCUGGCGAGCAGCCAACGAGGCUCUAGCACGACCUACCGCGCAAUCGCAGUCAGGAAUCAGUACGAGUGAUGCGGACUGUGAGGAUACCGUUAUUCGCGCGGUAGUAGAAGGAUGGAGCAGCGUUGAAAAUAAGGGCGGCAUGAUGGAGUCGUGGUGCAAGCUCCGAAAACUCGAUGACAUGGGCUGGCACAAAUGCCGGCCGACGGAAAGGCUAGCCGUGCUGAGGUUGAUCUGUUUGAUGAUCGACUAUCACAACGAUCCGAGCCCGAGGAGACAAGCUGCUCUGCCACGCUGGCUGUGGACAAGACCAUCUCAAACUCUGCCACAUUCCCGUUGCAUUGAUUUCUUCGUUUGGCCAGCUCUGCGGGAACGUUUCAUCUUCUUCCAGCACCAAUAUUGCGGAAACCUCUUCUGGCACCUCGUCCUGUCCAACCUAAGGAUCGUCUGGCCGUACGACUUUCGGGACACUUAUAUGCAGAAUGCCGAGACUGGCAAGUUUCAUCUGUCGCCUCAUUUUAAGCAUUGCAUUGGCGAGCUGGGGUCCUGGACCAUGGAGGCUGGUUUCUUUGAGCAGUUUCCUGAAUUGUAUGACGACAUCGCCGUGUAUUCGGGGGGCUAG